AGGCCUAGCUAUGUCUGAAAUAAAGUUAAAGUUAUGCUCGAUCUGUGUUUUUUAUUUAGACUUUCCCUCCUUUUUUAUGGACUAAUGAAUGGGUAUAUAGAUCUAGAAUAAUUUACCAAUUUAAUUUGUGACAUCCUAGAUUGAUUAAAUAAUUCACAAAGUCAUGACUUUUUAUAUUUCAUAUGUCUCCUAGAUCCCCUAAUUUUUCUUUAAACAAUUCCAAAUUUUCUUGCAUCUUUUAUAUCCUAGGAGCGUUAACCCAAGGCUGAUCUAUUUGUGGUGGAGAAUAUGUCACGAGUUGUUGGAACACGUGUGAUCCGGGGACCAGAUUGGAGAUGGGGCGAUCAAGACGGAGGAGAGAACCAUCUUGGCACCAUCACAGACAUCAUCCCAAACGACCCUGACAAUGAUAACGGUGAUGAGGCACCAAGGGCAGUUAAGGUCAUGUGGGACGUUGGCAAGAAAGCCAACUACCGGGUCGGGUUCGAGCAGAUGUAUGACCUCCGGAUGUAUGAUAAUUCACCCAUGGGUGUACUCCACAAGUUUGUUCGUUGCAUUGGAUGUGCUUCAGAUAACAUUGCAGGAAUCCGUUGGAGAUGUACUCUAUGCAUACACUGCAACCUCUGCACCGAGUGCUACAUGUCUGGCUCUCAUGAUACAGAGCAUGAGUUUCUACGCAUAGAUGGACCUCAAGAUCCUGGGGUUGUGGUCAAAGCAAGAAAAGAGAGCAAGAGUGUGACCUCUCAUGGUAUAUUUGUUGGUGCCAAAGUCUGUAGGAGACCAGAUGGGACUUCAGGCAAUCAAGACGGUGGGCGAAAGAGUGUAGGCACAGUGACUGAUGUCUGUGAUUGGUCAGAAUGUUUCAAGAAGGGUGCUGCCAUCGUCCAAUGGAAGGAAGGUGCUUCGGUCAAAUAUCGAGUGGGACAUGAUGGGAAGGUUGAGCUCAAAGCUGUUGAGACUGCGGCUGGACUGGACUUCUAUCAAGAUCAUCUUCCACUAAUAGGAGAAACAGAGACAUGGAAGAAGGGAGGAAAGGUGAUGAUUGCCAUGGAUACAGAGAUGCUCAACAUUUUUCAAGAGGAAACGGGAGCGAAUUGGGAUAACAGUCUUAUAGAGAAAAUUGGAAGAUCUGGUAGCGUAGAGGUCGUCGACCACAGGGGUUGGGUUCAAGUGAUGUACGAUGACAAGACCAAAUGGACAAUGCCGCCUUUCGCCCUGAAGAAGGUGGUGGACUUUAAAGCCGGAGAUCGAGUCCGAAUCAGUGCAAACAUUGACAUGGUCAAAGAUUUACAUCGCAAAAAUGAGGAGAGAAAUGAUGCCAUUGAAUUGAGCAAAAAGGCAGGGCAGGAAGGUAGAGUCCUGGAGAGUACAGAUGGCCGUGGCAGUGUGAAAGUAAAGGUCAAAGGUCAAACUCUAAAGUACCAUCCCGCUGCCCUGAUACUGCUUCCAAAACGAGAUGGAGAUGAUGAAGAGGAAGACGAAGAGGAGGAGGAGAAGGUGGAGGAGAAGGUGGAGGAUAAGAAGGAGGAGGAGGAGGAGAAGGUGGAGGUUAAGAAGGACAAGGAGGAGAAGGAAGAUGGGGAGAAGAGGCAUGAUGAUAAAAAGAAGAAAAGUGAUGAAGAAUAUGAAAACAUCAUCACAAAUGCUCCGCAGGUCGGAUCCAAACCAGUGCCAAUUCCUGUACCUGCCGGUCCAGCUGACAAAGAUGUUAUGCAUCGCUUGGUGGAGAAGAUGACUGAGCAGCUGAAAGAUGCCGGAGUAUCAGAAUUAGGUACUACCUCCGAAGAAAAGCAGAUGGUCAAAGCUGUUGCAGCUGGAAAUCUAGAGAAGGUCAAGGACCUUCUUAGGCAGAAUCCUAAACUGGCGAAUGCAAGCCACAGCUCACGAUCUGCUCUUCAGGUGGCAUGCCACGAGGGAUCCUUACCAAUUGUACAACUCUUGGUAGAUGCUCAUGCUUCCCUUGAACAUAAAGAUGGAGACGGGGACACAGCUCUCACCUUCGCGGUCAUCGGCAACAAUCCAUCAGUUGCAGAGUUUUUGAUGGAGCGGAAGGCCUACGUGAAUACAUCCAACAAACGUAGACGGACUCCUAUGCAUAUCAGUGCACACAAAGAUCAUAAAUCAUGUGUAGAGGCGCUUAUCAAACAUGGCGGCAGUGUCAAUAUGCAGGACAAUGAUGGUAAUCUCCCUAUCCACCUGGCAAUCAAACAGAAGUCGACGUCCCUGGGGGCGCUCUUCAUUGACCAUCCAUCUGCUGAUCUGAGACUAAGAAAUAAUGAUGCCUUUCCUCCUCUUCAUUAUGCUGCUAAAAGGAACUGCCUUGAGAUGGUGAAGUUGUUGGUUGCUAAGGACCCAUCUCUUGCUACCAUUGAGAAGGAUGAUCGCUAUACACCUCUUCAUGUUGCAGCUAUUAACAAUCAUAUCGAUAUUGUGCGUGUUCUGAUUGAACUGCCCAACUGUGACCUUACAACUAUCAAUGCCGGUCACGGUCACUCCACACCCCUCCACCUGGCCACCUGGCAGGGCUACACAGAGGUCAUUGAACUUCUGGUCAGUCACAGAGCAGAGGUCAAUGUCAAGGACAAGGAUGGAGACACCAUGUUGCAUUUGACCGUCAAGAGGCGGGUGAGCGGCAAGAAAUUCGUCCAUGACACUCCAACAUUACAAAAGGUGUGUAAGGAGAUAGGCGAUCCAGCUAUCACUACGCCCAGAGACGCCAUCAUCGCAUACUUCAUACGUCACGGCAGUGAUGUCACAAUCAAGAAUAACAAUGGCCACACCCCUUUCAAUUUGUUGGAGAAUGAACCGGUUCUAUUGAAUGCUUUGAUGAGAGUAGCCGGAAUCACUCCAAUCAAUGAAAUACCAAUAGCAGCUGAUGAAGCCGUAGACAAGACGAGGAAGGAGGAGAAAAAGAAGGAUAAGGAAGAAAGGAGUCCCUCUGCUGAGAAAGCCCCCAAACCAGAAAAGAAACAAGCUGAUUUUGAGGGAGUGCACCGUAUCAGCCCAGAGGAGCUGAAGUUAGGGAAAACGAUCGGGCAGGGCGGCUUCGGGGAGGUGAAGAAAGCUAUCUGGAGAGGUACCUGCGUGGCUGUCAAGAUUAUUUCCACGGCUGGUAGCAAGGAAGAUGAGGUGGAGAAAGAGGUCUCUAUUCAUAAGCGUGCUAGACAUCCGAACAUAGUCUCUUUGAUGGCUGUUGGGCAUCGAAUUGGACAGGUCCUGAUCGUCAUGGAGUUUAUCGAUGGAAUGGAUCUCCAUGAUGUCAUCUUCCGGAAAAAGAAGGAUGCUAUUAUCCUGACUCCGGAGUUGAAGAUGAGCAUCACGGUUGGUCUCUUGUCAGCUCUCACCUUCCUUCAUGCUUCCAAGAUACUCCAUCUAGACAUCAAACCAUCCAACGUUAUGGUUGAACGUGCAUCAAGGAGGGCAUACCUCUGUGACCUUGGCCUUGCCCACAUCAAGACCCGUAGUUCCAUGUCUCUCUCAACAUCAAUGGGUGGACCACGUGGCACCAUCACCCACAUGCCCCCAGAGAUGGUCCAAAGAGAAGGGAAGGCCUGGGCUGGUCCAGGAAACGACAUCUGGUCGAUUGCUUGCACCUUCCUGGAGUUGUUCGUGGAGCAACGCCUCUGGGAAGGUGCAGAAUUCAUGGCGUUGCUUAGAACGUUGCUGAAACCAGCUUCCGUGCCGCCGAUUCUGAAGAAGGUUAAGACAGAGGUGCGUACCAUACUCAAACCGUGCUUUGAUAAGGAGCCCUUGAAAAGGCCCUCUGCAGAGGUACUCCUUGAGCAAUUCCAGAAGCUCCAACAGUCCAGCCCAUGAUGUGUCAGGCAUCCUUUUCACUUGCAUGCUAAUUAAGGUAUCAGUUCCAGAAGCUCUAACAGUCCAGCUCAUGAUGUGUGAGGCAUCCCUCUUCAAUUGCAGGCUGGGUAUUACUUGAACAGCUUCAGAAGCUUUAAAAGUCCAGCUUGUGAUGUGGUAGGCACCCCUCCUCACAUUCUUGCUAGAGACUCCAGAAUAUAUUUUGCUGGUGAAUUGAAAUAAUGAACAGGCACUGGUGAAAUAAUGUUAAAAUCUGUGCAAUAUUGUAUUUCUCCUAUGAGCAUUGAUGCACCAUUUCAAAUUCAGAUUCAUGUACCUAAGGGGUCUAAUAAUUGAGCUUGAAAUAUGUUACAGUGACUCGGUAACAUUGUUGAAGGUUGAUGAAAAAACUAUUUUUUGUGUAUGAAAUGUUACAUUAUCUUCCUUUUACUGUACUAACCGUCUAACAUGCAAAAAGAUCUUCUAAUUCUCUAACCACAAAUAUAUAUGGUUUUCUUUGAAGGCAUCCGUGUGCAACACCCUCUAACAGUAAAUUCUAAUUCUCCCAACCAUUUUUGAAUUUUCUCAACCGUUUUGCCAUGAAAAUAAGACAUGGAACAGGCAAAACUUUCAACACUUAAAUGUCUGGAAUGGUAUAUAGAGCCAAUUCAUUGCUUUGUGGUGAUUUAAAUUCACCUUAAACGUAAUUAAAUUGUAAUAAUGUAUUUGGGAGAAUUAAGGAAUUGAUCAGAUCAGUUUUUCCCAAUUUGUAUCAUUAAUAAUGGUUUGUUUCCACUCAAA